GCCCCCAACGGCAGUUUGUUUGACAGUCCCCGGUUGCCACAUGUGUAUUCGUGGUGCUUCUGCCUGAGUUAUUUCGUGUUUUCCCUUAGAAAUUGCGUUAGAAAAGGUCUCAAAAUUCCACAAAAAUGGUCCUGUCGUGUAGAUUCUACAAGGAUAAGUACCCUGAGGUAGAGGACGUCGUGAUGGUGAAUGUGCGCUCCAUCGCCGAGAUGGGCGCCUAUGUGUACCUCCUGGAGUACAACAACAUCGAAGGCAUGAUCCUGCUGUCCGAGCUGUCGCGACGGCGCAUCCGGUCUAUCAACAAACUGAUCCGCGUGGGCAAGACGGAGCCGGCGGUGGUGAUUCGUGUGGACAAGGACAAGGGCUACAUUGAUCUGUCGAAGCGGCGCGUGUCCGUGGAGGACGUGGAGAAGUGCACAGAGCGCUUCUCCAAAGCCAAGGCGGUGAACUCAAUUCUGCGUCAUGUGGCGGACAUCCUCAGCUUCGAGUCGGACGACCAGCUGGAAGAUUUGUACCAGAAGACAGCGUGGCACUUCGAGGAGAAGUACAAGAGCAAAGCGCACGCUUUCGACAUUUUCAAGCAGGCCGUGGUGGAUCCCAGCAUCCUCGAGGAGUGCGGUCUGGAGGAGCGCACGCUAGACGUGCUGCUGGACAACAUCAAGCGGAAGCUCACGUCGCAGCCGGUGAAGAUUCGCGCGGACAUCGAGUGCGCGUGCUAUGGAUACGAGGGAAUUGACGCCGUCAAGGAGGCUCUGCGGUCCGGACUGGAGCUGUCCACUGAGGAGCUGCCCAUUAAGAUCAAUCUCAUCGCUCCGCCGCUCUAUGUCAUGACAACCUCCACUCCCGAGAAGGCGGACGGUCUGAAGGCCCUCGAGGUGGCGAUCGAGAAGAUUAGGGAGACCAUCGGCGGCCUAGGCGGCGUCUUCCACGUGCAGAUGCCGCCGAAAGUCGUCACGGCGAUCGACGAGGCAGAUCUGGCGCGGCGCCUGGAGCGCGCAGAGCAGGAGAACGCCGAAAUUGCCGGCGACGACGAGGAGGAGGCUGAGGAGGGCAUCCGCUUCGAAGGUGAGAAUGACGAGGAGGGCAAGAGUGGCGAGGAGGAGGAGGAAGAGGAGCCGCCCAAGAAGAACUGAAGCGCGCUGCCAGGAAUUUCAGGUGUUUUUUCCAUAUAUAAAGAGAAUCCGCGUAAGAUUUGAAGAAAAGCCACAGUUUCUUCUGUACAUUUAA